AUGUCCCCGGCAGCGCAAGGCAUUGUCUCCCCAUCUUUCUCCUUAUAUCAGAAAGUCUUCUGGGGUGAGAAGAUGGCCCAGCUAGCACCACCAGUCGAAGACGAGACCAAAACACCCCAUGUCCGUCCUGCACAGGAGGGCGACUCAAUCGCCCUAGGCGAUGCCACCCAGCAGCAAUCCACCCAACGAGCCCUCACAUCCCGGCACGCAAUCUUCAUAGCCUGGGGCGGAACCGUCGGAACAGGACUCUUCAUCACUACAGGCAAAACGCUCGCCACCGGCGGGCCGGCCUUUCUUGUCAGCAGCUAUGUCCUCUUAAGCAUCUUCGUCUACUCUAUCCUCACCGGUAUCACCGAGUACGCCACCUACCUCCCGGUCCGAGGCGGUUCGAUGAGCCACUACGGCACACGCUUCGUGUCCCGGAGCCUCGGAUUCGCGAUGAGUCUGCUAUACAUCUACUCUUUCUCGCUACUAGUGCCGUUCGAGCUUGUAGCGACGGCGCAGAUUAUCGACUACUGGAAUCCUGGGGUAAACAAUGCAGUAUGGAUCAGUAUCCUUCUGGUGCUACUAGUUACUCUGAACGUGCUCCCAGUGCGUUUCUAUGGCGAAGCCGAGUUUGUCUUCGCGGGCGUAAAACUUCUUACUAUCGUCGGCUUGUUGCUCCUAUCAUUCGUCCUAUUCUGGGGCGGCGGGCCGAGCCAUGAAAGACUAGGAUUCCACUACUGGAAAGACCCCGGCGCAACAAAGACCCUCAUCCUCGAUGGAGACAAGGGGCAGCUUAUUGCCGUAAUCGCGACCAUGAUAAGCAGCGCGCUCCCCUUCACCUUCACACCGGAAAUGGUCGUCGGAACAGCCGGGGAGAUCAAGUCCCCAAGAAAGAAUAUCCCAAAGGUCAAGCGACAUUUCCUGUACCGACUAAUCGUCUUCUUCGUCGGAAGCACUCUGGGUAUCUCUGUGAUAUGCCCCUCAAGUCUGUCCUCUCUUACAUCUGGCGGCUCAGACGCCUCCUCUUCCCCCUGGGUCGCCGGUAUUCAAAUCGCCGGUAUCCACGGCCUCGACAGCGUCAUCAACGCCGUAGCCCUCGUCUCCGCAUUCUCAGCGGGGAAUGCAUUCCUCUACCUCGCUAGCCGUGGCCUCUACACGAUGGCGCUAGAAGGCAGCGCCCCAGCCAUAUUCAAGCGGUGCACCUCCAAGGGCGUCCCGAUAUACGCGGUGGCAACGACAGCCUCGACAUCCCUGCUCGCUUAUAUGAGCACGAGCGCCUCCUCAAGCAACGUCCUCAACUGGCUGCUGGACCUGGUGAACACAGGCGCAUUCCUAUCCUGGGUCUGCUGCUCGGUUAUCUAUCUGCGAUUCCGGCGCGCUUGCGACGUGCAAGGUGUGCCCAGUGUAGAGCUCACGCAGAGAUCGUGGAUGCAGCCGUAUGCCUCGUGGCUUACGAUUUUCGUCUUUGGUUUUCUGACUUUGCUGAAUGGGUUUACGGUCUUCUUUCCCGGCCAAUGGUCGCUCGAGAGGUUUCUGCCGUCGUAUAUUGGCCUGCCAGUUUUUGUGGGAGUAUAUCUUGGGCAUCGGGUUGUGCACUGGAGGGAGCCUUGGGCAGUGCAGUCGGAGCUUGUGGAUUUCCGGGUCCAGCUGGAGGAAGAGGGUGAGGAGGGUGAGGAGGGUGAGGAGGGUGGAUGUCGAGACCGAGAGGAUGUUGAAGGUGCGCGGUCUUGGCUGCACCGCGUGCGAAAUGUAUUGAGCAAGACUUAG